AUUGUGUUUAUUUUUGAAGUGUGAAGUUUUGUACUAGCGUAUAGUUUACGGUAAAAAUCUAGUUUAGUUCUAGCUAGUUUGAACAAUGUUGGCCUUAAUAUCGGUAGUGUUUGUUUUUUGUACUUCAAACGCGUAUAUUGUUCGACACGAACCUGAUAUAUUACUAGGUACAGAUUUGGUUUUAACAUUUUUGGUUCACAGACAUGGAGAUAGAACACCAGUACCUCAAUACGUGAACUUCAGUGACCAACAGGAACAGCUCGAGGAAUUAACCAAGCCCAUCGGUUUUGGACAACUGACUGAUGCAGGAAAGCGCCGAGCGUAUGAGCUUGGUAACUUCAUACGUACCAGAUAUGGUGAAUUCCUAUCCCCUCAGUACAACCGCUCCGAGAUCUACCUUCGCUCCACUGACUCCACGCGCGCUAAGAUGACGAUCCUCGUAGAGAUGGCGGGUGCGUACUCCUCGGAUGGCCACGGCUGGAGUGAGGAUGUCAACUGGGUCCCCGUACCUUAUACUACGAUGCCAUUGCAGUAUGACUUUCUAAUGGGAAUGAAUUGCCCAAAGUUUAUGGAGCAUUUUGAUAAAAUUUCUAGAAGUAGUGUACCAGAAAUGCAGAAACACAGCAGUGUUAUAGAUCGCCUCUCAUCAAUUCUGAAAAUUGAUUUAAGAAGUAGACCGGUACAGAUUUAUUUUGCGUACGAUGUUUUUGUAAGUCAGAUAAGCAUGGGACUUCCCGUUAAGCCAUCUAUCCAAGAAAUGAUGCCUGAAAUCAAAAUGGCGGCGGACACAGCCUUUGAUCUACUAUUUGGAUUAAAUCAAACCAUGUUGCCUUUACAAGCCGGUCUUCUCUUAAAGGAGUUCUUCGAAGUAUCCUUUGCAGCGGUAGAUGGUGAGUCAUCGCCGAAAGUGAGGAUAUAUUCAGGUCACGACGUCAACGUGUAUGCAUUAGAGGCCAUUUCGAGAGUUACACCUCAAGGAUCGCCGCUAUACGCAGCACUGUUCGCGUUGGAGUUGCGGAAAGUGCGUGAAACUGGAAGAUAUGUGGUCCUACCAGUAUACGUAAGUUCUCCUGGUGAACCAGUCCAGUACUUACAAGUAAAGGGCUGUGAUUUGCUCUGCGAUUUGAAUAGAUUCUACGAGAUCACAUCCCCAGAUCUGAUAGACGUAGAUGAGUGGAAAUUACGCUGCAACUACGAUAGAAAUGCUAAAUUUAAUACUAAUGGUUUCGAAUGA